AUGCAACUUCAAGACCGCAUGGUGCGUGCUGACGCACUGAAACACAUUACACUUUCUUCGUCGCAUUCUCCAGCCACUACUCAAUCGACUACGCGCAUCAUCUACAACUACCACCACGACCGCAACUCUCCACACGCACGAACCACCGGCAGCCGUGUGCGCAAUAUGUCAGCUGCACAGCAAGUCUUCGAUACCGCCGAGUUGCUCGAGAUCAUCAUAUGUCAAUGCCCGCCGUACCAGAUACAAGAGCUCAAGUCUGUUGCGCGAAGCUGGCGCGAUAUGAUCAAUAGUUCAAAUGCGGUGCGGCGGUCGCGCGUUCUUCUGACGCUUUGUAGUGAUGCCCCCGACUACGAUAACGACGACGUUCCACUCUGGGACGUCAACACCUUCUGCACAUACUAUGCGACUGACUGGGUGAGGCUCAACCCAGUGUUCGAGAAGGUGCACUACGAGUUCGGACAGAUGAGGAUUGAGACAACAUAUUACGACAUCACGAUUGUCCUACCUUCAUCAUUGAGCCAUUCAUCGAGCCUCGAGGAAUUCGUGACCACACCACCAGUUGCCGCCAUAACGCUUGGAACACGCUGCUGGAGCUCUGACAACGGGGAAUGGCAUGUCCCGGACAACGAGAACGCCUGUACGGCCUACAACAAGGAGGGCCUGAAGGUCAAGGACAUCUUGGCCGUCCGCGACGCUUUGAUCGCAGCGCAACACACAUCCAGUGACAACCAGCCACCCUCAGUGGACACGAUCGUGCAGGCCGGGUUCGAGAUCGAGGGGACAAAUGCUCAGGACAAUACGCUCGAAGACAGAAUGUUGCAUGACUUGUACUUUCAAGGAUUCUUGCCCAGAUAUCGCAAGGCUUCUGACAUGCCAGGUACACGCUUCGAGAAGGCCAAGCAGAGGGACCGCGCUCUUGAUUGGCAUCCUUCCAUGGACAGCCGGAAGGAACGGCUGUAUUAUGACAACGAGGACUAG